AUGUAUUCCCGCGCUGAAGCAUCCAACGGCACUGCGCAGGGAGGCGCUCCCCCGCAGCAGCCCGUGCGCAAGGAAGACCUGAUCGCCCCCGAGAUCGUGUGGCACCUUAACAUCGUCCUCCUUUGUCUCCUCGGCCUGCUCGCCCUGACACGAGUCUCCCGCGCGGCUGCGCGCUUGACGAGCACCGGCGAAUGGCUCGCGGGGCAUGUCUUCGGGAGCAAGAUCUCCGUCGUGCGCGAGCAGCCGCGGCCGCCUCUCGACCGGGAGGACACCCUCGCCAGGCCCCACUUCGCGGAGAAGGGAAGCGGCGUCACGCUCACGCAGAGCGCGACGUUGACCCCGACUCUGCAAGGUGAGGGUGGUGCGCGCGCCCCGCCGCACGUCGCUGCCUGCCCUCGCAUCCUCCGUCCUAUCUUCGAACCCCUUCACUGGCGCUGGACGAAGGGACACUCACUCAAUCAGCUUGUCCUCUACGUCGGCUGGUUUGUCGGUAUGGCAUACGCUGGACUGUACAAGUCUAAUCCAUUCACGAAUCCUGUGCGCGCCGGUGCCGUCGCCGUGUCCCAGAUCCCGUGGGUGUUCGCUUUGGGGACGAAGGUCAACCCCGUAGGCUACGUUCUUGGUGUCGGCUACGAGAAGUUGAACUUCCUCCAUCGCCAUGUAGGACGACUCAUCAUCCUCGCCGUCAAUGUCCAUGUCAUCGGAUAUCUCUUCAAGUUCUUCUGGGAGGACGCCUUCUUCGAAGCGAUUGUGAAGCCGGACUACGUCUGGGGUCUCGUCGCGACCGUGUGCAUGGACAUGCUCUUCAUCUUCUCCACCUCCUGGGUCCGCAACAACUUCUACAACCUCUUCUUCUGGUCGCACUGCACCGCCUUCCUCAUCCUCAUCCCCGCGAUCUACAUGCACAAGCGGCCCCUUCUCAACUACGUUAUCGCCUUCGCUUCGGUCUACGCCUUCGACCGUGUCUUCCGCCUCGUGAAGACUCGCGUGCAGCGCGCGCAUCUGCGCGCGAUGCCGGAGCUUGGAAUGGUGCGCAUGGAGAUGCGCUCGCUCACCUCGGGGUGGCGCGCGGGGCAGCAUGUGCGGAUUCGCGUGCUCAGCUCGGCGAUGGGCCUGGUUGGAUGGUCUGAGGUGCACCCCUUCACGAUUGCGAACGCGCCGGGCACGUCUUCCGGCAUGGUUCUCAUGGUCAAGAAGACGGGGCGUUGGACGCAUCACUUGUUUGAGCUCGCGAAGUCGCGCAGCGCGGAGGGCGACGAGGACCCGCAGGUGCAGGUGAUUGUCGAGGGGCCGUACGGCGGACCUGGCGACUCGAUUUUCUCAAGCUACUCUGCGGCCUUGUUCGUCUGCGGUGGGAGCGGAAUCACUUUCGGGCUCUCCGCCAUGGACGACCUGCUUCAGAAGGACGCCGCAGGAGAGAGCCGUCUCAAGAUCAUUGACUUGAUCUGGAUAGUCCAGGACAUCGGCGCGAUCGCGCCAUUGCUUCCCGAGCUCACCGCGCUGUUGCACUCGGCAAGGCACGCGACGGUGAACAUCUCCAUUCACUACACGCGAGUAUCUGCCGCGGGCGCGGCAGCUAUCCACGAAGCUACGAUUCCGCGGGGCAUGCACAUCCACGUCGGUCGCCCCCACACGAAGCACGCUUUGGACAACAUCAUCACGAACACGGUGUAUGGUGCUGGCGAGCGGAACGCCGAGCCUCACUGCGGUGUCCUCGUCGGAGUUUGCGGCCCAGUCGCGCUCGCGGACGACGUGCGCAAGACGGUGAGCUGGAUCGAUCCGAAGAAGCGGGAUCUCGUCGGGGGCGUCGAGGUUCACGAGGAAGUGUUUGGGUGGUGA